AUGGCUAUGGUUCCAUAUUCCUCAAUUGUUGGUAGUUUGAUGUAUGCAAUGAUUUGCACGAGGCCAGACAUAACGCACACAGUUGGCGUUGUAAGCAGAUUCCUGUCUAAACUAGGCAAAGAGCAUUGGAAUGCUGUGAAGUGGAUUCUCAGAUAUCUCAGGGGUACUUCCAAAAUGAGUUUGUACUUUAGAGGUGGAAAACCUACAUUGAUUGGCUACACAGAUGCAUACAUGGCAGGAGAUCUUGAUUCCAGAAAAUCUACUUCAGGAUACCUGAUUACAUUUUCAGGGGAGCAGUUUCGUGGCAAUCAAAGUUACAGAAAUGUGUUGCUCUAUCAACUACAGAGGUAG